AUGCCAGGCACUGCCGUCGCCACACAGGCAGCCGCGGCAGCAGCAGCAGAGGGAACAGGAUUUGCGGAGCAGGAGAAGCAACUGUCUGGACCAGAGAAGAAGGGAAUACGGUUCUGGCUGAUCAUUGCCUCACUCAUGGUGGUCGCUCUGCUUCCGGCCAUCGACAUGACAAUCAUCUCGACAGCCUUGCCGACAAUCACACAGGAUCUCCCUACCUCUUCGGUCUCGCCCAUCUGGGUCACAUCGGCGUUCCUCUUGACCACGACGACCUUUCAGCCUGUGAUGGGCGCAUUGGCGGAUGUCUUUGGCCGCCGUGCGGCUCUCGUCGUCGCUGUUGUCCUUUUCCUAGCCGGUUCGGUCAUCGCAGCUGUAUGCCAGUCGAUGCUUGUUCUGGUCAUCGGCAGAGCCAUCCAGGGAAUUGGCGGAGGUGGCAUCACGGCUCUUGGCGAGAUUAUUAUCUCCGACAUUACGACGCUCCUCGAAAGGGGCAUGUACAUGGGCUUCCUCUCGCUCAUCUUCGCCCUUGCCAGCUUCAUCGCACCUGUGCUGGGUGGCGCUUUCAGCCAGUCGAACUGGCGUUGGAUCUUCUGGCUCAACUUGCCCAUCGCAGGAGUGGCUUUAAUUCUCAUCAUCGUCACCAUGUCCAAGCUCCAACGCCCCGCCGUGCAUUGGAAGCAGCGAAUGCAUCGUAUGGAUUUGCCCGCCAAUCUCCUGCUGCUUGCCAGCUGCAUCGCCGUGCUCAUUGGUGUCACCGACGGUGGUCUCACCCAUCCGUGGUCGUCGUACAAAAUCAUCGUGCCUCUGGUUCUGGGUGUCGCCGGACUGGCGGCCUUCUUCGUCAUCGAGUUCACCAAGAACCCACUGGCAAAGGACCCUGUACUUCCUCUCCGCCUUUUCAAGCACCCCACGGCCCUCGCAUCGCUCCUUUUCACCUUCUUCCACGGCGUUGUCGUCUACGGCGAAGUCUACAUUCUGCCGCUCUAUUUCCAAGCCAUCAAGGAUGCCUCGCCCAUCCAUUCCGCCGUUGACGUGUUCCCUGCCACGGUCCCUGGCCCUGUGGCUGCCAUUGUGGCAGGCAUCAUCAUGUCAAUGACGGGCAAGUACCGAUUCCAAAUCAUCUUUUCCUGGCUCGUCACCACCUUGGGCUGCGGUCUCUUGAUCCUCUUGGAUGUCGACACGCCCAAGUGGAAGUGGGUCAUCUUCCAGCUGCUUCCCGGCUUUGGCAUCGGUUCUCUCUUCAGCCUGACGCUACCGCCAAUCCAAGCGACAAACAGCCCAAAGGAUCUGGCCUACGUCACGGCUGCCUACGCCUUCAUGCGCAGCUUUGGCUCCGUCUGGGGCAUCGCAAUGGGUACCGACAUCUUCGUUGGCCGAUCCAACAUCCUCCUCGAGCGCAUCGAUGAGGCUGCCGGUGGCGUGCUUACGAGCAAAUUCGGCCUGACGGGGAAAACUGCGCUCGGUCUCGCCCCAGAGAUUCACAAGAUUCUCCCGCCCGAGCUUCUGGGCCCUGUUCGAGGGGCGUACAUGUCGGCACUGCGGAGCGCUUUCAUCGCCUUUGUCCCCCUGGCAGGCGCCGGCUUGCUUCUGAGCCUCGUCAUCAAGGAUAUCCCGCUACCGAAUUACAAUCUCAGCGACCACGGCCUCAUGCGCACUGAAUCAGCCCGUUCGUCCCGAACCGCCGUGGACGCAAACGAGCGAGCAUGA